AUGGCGCCCACUCCCAUCGCCAAGCAGAUGGAGCAAGCUGCUAAGAAAGAUACAAAGGCUGCCGCUCCGUCCCCUAAUGCGAAGGCCAACAUCCUCGCAUCUGCUUUCGUGACCGCCCCUGGCCCCAAGAAAGCCAUGAAAGAGUCUGAGAACAAGAUGGGCGACGUAGCCAAGAUCUACGAGCUCUCCCAUGCCGACCGCAUGGUACUGGCUAAGGGCCCGAAGGUGAAGAUUGUCGACAGCGAGGAUGCACCAGUAGCCGAGAUGCCAAUCGCUCUCUUCCGCGCAGUCUCCAUCAAGAAGGAGAUGGUAGCUGGCUCCGAUCCAGUGAUCAAGCUGCCAGCAGAACUUGACUUGCGCAUGGUCCAGGACCUGAUCAAGCACUUCAACGAGAUCACCACCUUCAAGAAGUACGCGAAAGAACUGCACCCGUACCAAGCCCCGGGGACAUACGAAGAUAUUCAGCUAUGCAGCGCCGCAGACUACCUCGGCAUGAUGGCGUACACCCAACGAAUCUUCAACCGCUACUGGGCCCUCAUCCGCGCGGAGCGUCUCCCAGAGUACUCCGACAUCGACGCCUUUUCCACUGUCCAGACCCCCAUUGGCGAGAACCUCUUCCGCAAGGUCGUAACCAAGCUCGCUCAGGCCGAGCUUGACGGCAAGAUCCCCGAUCAAGAGGACUACGCGGCCUAUCUUGUGCACAACGAGCGUUUCGGACUUGCUGUAACGGAAGCAAAGGAGAAGGCGCAGAAGCAUCAAGACUACGUUGAGCGCACGGCCAAGCGGGAGGCGAACGCACAACAGAAGAAUGCUGCCGAUCAGAUGUGGUCGCAGCAGCGGAAGCUGAACGAGAAGGAGAAGGCGGAAAAAGAUAAGGCGAAGUGGGAUGCCGCGAGGAAGACGGAGGCGGAGUUGGCGGCUCGUGUCCAGGCGAAAUGGGUGCAGCCGGGGAAGAAACAUUGGACUGCGGAGGAGGCGGGGUAUCUGCGUCGUGUUCGUGGGAUUAAUGUGGCUAUCUAG